GACUUGCCCUGUCCCCGCCAGCGACAAGUGCCCGUGGCCGACAUCCCGGGGGACGAACUUUUUCGGGCCCCCGCCCCGCCCAUGCGGUGACCCCCCCCCCGGACCGGUCCUGCCAGGAGCGCCCGCCAGCCCCGAGCCGCGGAGAAAGACCAGGAGGAGGAGAAGCGGACGCCGGAAAAUGGCUCUAACCUUGUUCGAUACAGAUGAGUAUAGACCUCCCGUAUGGAAAUCUUAUUUAUAUCAGUUACAACAGGAGGCCCCCCAUCCACGAAGGAUUACCUGCACAUGUGAGGUAGAAAACAGACCAAAAUAUUAUGGAAGAGAAUUUCAUGGCAUGAUCUCCAGAGAAACGGCUGACCAGCUUUUGAGUGUGGCAGAAGGAAGCUAUCUGAUUCGUGAGAGCCAGCGGCAGCCAGGAACCUACACUCUGGCAUUAAGAUUUGGAAAUCAAACCAGAAACUUCAGGCUCUACCACGAUGGCAAGCACUUUGUUGGGGAGAAACGGUUUGAGUCCAUCCACGAUCUGGUGACUGAUGGAUUGAUUACUCUGUAUAUUGAAACCAAGGCAGCAGAAUAUAUUGCCAAGAUGACGAUAAAUCCAAUUUAUGAACACAUAGGAUACACAACUCUAAACAGAGAGCCAGCAUACAAAAAACAUAUGCCAACCCUGAGAGAUACACAGGAUGAGAGAGAUUCUACAGGAGAGGAUGGGGUGUCAGAGAAAAGGUUGACAUCACUCGUUAGAAGAGCAACUCUGAAAGAAAAUGAGCAAAUUCCAAAGUACGAAAAGGUUCAUAAUUUCAAGGUCCAUACGUUCAGGGGUCCACACUGGUGUGAAUACUGUGCCAACUUUAUGUGGGGUCUCAUUGCUCAGGGAGUGAAAUGUGCAGAUUGUGGUUUAAAUGUCCAUAAACAAUGUUCCAAGAUGGUCCCAAAUGACUGCAAGCCAGACCUAAAGCACGUCAAGAAGGUGUACAGCUGUGAUCUCACAACACUAGUCAAGGCUCAUAUCACUAAGAGGCCAAUGGUGGUAGACAUGUGCAUUAGGGAAAUUGAAUCUAGAGGUCUUAAUUCUGAAGGGCUGUACAGAGUAUCAGGAUUUAGUGACUUGAUUGAAGAUGUAAAAAUGGCAUUUGACAGAGAUGGGGAGAAGGCAGAUAUUUCUGUGAAUAUGUAUGAAGAUAUCAAUAUUAUCACUGGUGCACUUAAACUGUACUUCAGGGACUUACCAAUCCCCCUCAUCACAUAUGAUGCCUACCCAAAAUUUAUAGAUUCUGCAAAGACUAUGGAUCCUGAUGAACAGUUGGAAACCCUUCAUGAAGCUCUGAAGCUGCUGCCUCCUGCACACUGUGAAACCCUCAGAUAUCUCAUGGCACAUUUAAAGAGGGUGACCCUUCAUGAAAAGGAAAAUCUCAUGAAUGCAGAGAACCUUGGGAUAGUUUUUGGACCGACUCUCAUGAGAUCCCCGGAACUAGAUGCGAUGGCAGCACUCAAUGACAUACGGUAUCAGAGACUGGUGGUGGAGAUGCUUAUCAAAAAUGAAGACAUUUUAUUUUGAGUUUUUCAUUUAAAAUAAGAGUCAACAGUGAUGUUCUACAGAUGAAGGAAUGUUUUACAGUAAUUUAAUUGGCUCUUGUAGCUGAAUUAUUUCUUGGUUAGCGCUUUGGGCAUAUACCGGAUAAAAUGAAGGAAGUUUAUGUCGUUUCAGUAGUACCACUCAGCUGACAUUGUAAAGCAAGUAACACAUACUUUCCAGUACUAGUAAUCCUGGGUGUUUUAUCAUGUUAAAGGAAACUCAAGCUAUUGCAUGAUCAGCUCCCUAUUUGGCAAGGUAUCUCUUUACUAAGGAAAACAACAAAACUUAGUGCUGCCUCUUUGUCCUGGAUAGUCUGUGGUUGUAAUUCAGCAUGUUUCUCAACGUAAAUCUAUCGUAACUUUGCUUUCAUGUUCUGUGUCAUUGGUUUCUGAUACAAAAAAAAAAAGCAAAGCAUUUGGUGAAACAGUACCUCUGGCUGUUGCAUUGCUGAAUCCUCCUGUUAUUUUCCUACUUUCCUUGGGUGAUUUCUUUCUGGUUUCUCACUGUUCUUUUGUCCUAUAGUAAUUUGUUUCCGAGCUUCAAAAUGUGUGUUCUGGAUGUUACUUUGAACAGUUAUCCAUGCCAAUAAAAUUUACAACCCUGA